AUGACUGUGGACGGGGACAUGGCUGCGUUUGUCCCUCAGAAGGAGAUCGUGUACAAUGGCCUGCUCCCUUACUCCGAGCGGCUGGACCGGGAGGCCACGGAGCUGCUGGCGGAAAUCAAAGGGAACCUGUGCAGAGCCGUGCUGCUCCGCGAGCUGUGGCCCGGGGUCGCGUUCUGGAGCAGAAAACUUUUCUCCUUUCUCAAGCUCUAUGGCCGCAGGUUCAGCAAAGAAGACCACGUCCUCUUCAUCAAGCUGCUGUAUGAGUUGGUCACACUGCCAAGCCUGGAGCCGCACAUGAUGCAGGGCUACGCCAGGCUCCUCAUUCAGCUGCUCAAGAAGAAGGAGCUGCUGUCGAGGGAUGACCUGCAGUUGCCGUGGCGACCACUCUAUGAUUUAUAUGAGAGAGUCGCCUACUCUAAAACGGAGCACCUCGGACUGAUCUGGUUCCCAAACUCAGUGGACCAUAUUUUGAAGGCUUUGAUCAAAAGCUGCAGACUGUAUUUCCCUGCGUCUUCCACCAAAGAGAUGCUGGCGGAGUGGCGCCCCCUCUUGUGUGUGUUCGACGUGGCCAUGCAGAAGGCCAUCAGCAACAUGGAGCUGUUCCUGCCCACCAUCAUGCCCCCGGAGGAGCACAGCCGCGGCUUUCAGUUGUGGUUCGAGGAGUUUAUGAAUCUUUGGGUGUCGGUGCAGAAUCAGCCAAGUUGGGAAGGGCACCUCGUGAACCUGUUUGCUCGCCUCGCCAACGAUAACAUCGGCUACGUGGACUGGACCCCUUAUAUUCCCACAAUCUUCACCAGGAUCCUGCGUAGUCUGAACCUUCCGGUCGGGGUCAGUCAGAUGGUGUCGCCACGGUAUCUCACCAACUCCUAUGACAUCGGACACUUGGUGCUAUGGAUCACAGCACUUCUGGGUGGACCAGGAAACCCAGGACAGAAGGAGCUGACCUGCCUCUUCAACAGCAUCGCCUCCUUUUACCACCCCUCCAAUCAUGGCCGCUGGCAGUCCAAACUGAUGCGGCUGCUCCAGCGCCUCCCGGCCAGCGUCGUGCGCCGCGUGCACCGGGAGCGGCACGCCGCCCCCAGCUGGAUCGCGCUGGUCCCGGAGGGGCAGAAGCUGACCGACGCCGACCUGCAGGAGUUCACCCGCAGCCUCACUGGAGCUGCCCUGCUGGCCAUGUUCAGUAAAACCGGCUGCACAGACGCAGCCUACGCCCUGCAGAACCUCGCCCUCCUCACGCCUGAGCUCGCCAUACCGCCCGUACUGGAGAAGACCUACGCGGCGAUGCAGACCCUGACCGAGCCGCACACCCUCACCGCCACCCUCAGCUGCAUGAUCGGCAUGGCCCGCAGCCUGGUUUCCCCUAACAACCACUACCCAGAGGGCCGAGCGCACGUGCUCCCACUGCUCAUGGGCGCUCUGCCGGGGGUGGACCCCAACGACUUCAGCAAGUGCAUGAUAACGUUCCAGUUCAUCACCACGUUCACCACCCUGGUGCCUUUAGUGGAUUGUUCUUCUGCUCCGUCUCAGCACGACGACCUCACAGAGAUUGAAAAGGAUCUGUGCUUUGCUUCGGCGGAGUUUGAAGACUUCGUUCUGCAGUUCUUGGACAGAUGUUUUGCUCUGAUAGACAGCAGCACCCUGGAACAGACGCGGGACGAGAUGGAGACGGAUACUCAGACUCACCUGGAGAGCCUGGUGGAGCUGGGCCUGUCCUCCACCGUCAGCACCAUCCUGACCCAGUGCUCCAUACAGAUCUACAAGGUUGCGUUGCACAAAGUGUUCAGCUUCGCCACUUCCAACAUCUUUGAGACGUGCGUGUCGGGCAGGAUGGUGGCGGACAUGUGCAGAGCUGCAGCGAAGUGUCAUCCCGCUGAGUCUCUCCGUCUGUUCGUUCCUCACUGCUGCAGCGUCAUCCUCCACAUUACUGACAAUGAAGAGCAGCAGAGUGAAGACGAGCUGGAUAAGGAGCUGCUGUGGAAUCUGCAGCUGUUGUCUGAGGUGACACGUGUGGAUGGUGAACAGCUGUUAAAAUACCGAGGGGACCUGGAGCGGAUCCUGUGCGUGUGCGUGCGUCUGCGCUGCAAGCGGGCGUACACGCUGGCCUGCAGCCUGCUGGAGCACACACUCCGGUCGCUGUCCCUCAUCUACCCCACCGAGUACCGCAGCACCUCCGGGGGCUUCGACACGGACCUCCCCAUACGGGACUGGGGCAGAGCUGGAUGUGUGGCUGCUCUGGGCGUGUGUUGGCACGUACCUGGCCAGGAGGAGGAGGACUUCAUCUUCCAGCUGCUGUCCCUCCUCCUGCAACCCGAGCUCCGGCGAAUCAAGGGCCACGUCUCUGGAGAUCAGCCAAUGAGCAGGGAGGAGUUAUUGCAGAGCCUUGCCAUUGUGCAGCACUGCCUUCUGGGAGCUGGAAGCAUGCUGCCCCCUUUGGAUGGACCGCACGUGUCUGACCUAGUGCACUCCAUGGUGGAUCUGGGCGAGAUGAAGCUGCACGUAGGUGUUAACUACGAUGAUUCAAGGGAGAACUACAGACAGUCCAUCUGCCAAACCAUGAGACUGCUGCUACAUCACAUCCUGGAGCACUCAGAGGAUGACACAAAGUCCUUGUUUGUCAUCAUUAAGAUCAUCAGUGACCUCAUGUUUUUCCGAGGCACUCACAAGAAGGACUUCGACUCGCGCUGGAAAAGCUUCACUCUCGUCAAGAAGUCCAUGGAAAACAGGCUUCUCGGAAAGAAGCAGCACAUCAGAGCGCUGCUCAUUGACCGCGUCUUACUGCAGCAUGAGAUGAGAAAGCUGGUGGUGGAGGGCAGUGAAUAUAAAGUGGUUCAUCAAGAGCUGCUCUGUGAUCUGCUGCUGCUUUCGACCAGCACGUACAGUCAGGUACGCAGCAAGGCGCAGAAUGUGCUGAUGACUGCAAUGGGGACUUACAGCUUCUCAUACAGAGACCUGAUUCCUCGAAUCCUGCAGUUCAUAUCGCCACAACACACCGCCGGCACAGAGCAGCAGUUCAAGGGAGCCCUGUACUGCCUCCUGGGUGCGCACAGCGGCGUCUGUCUGGCCAGUGCGUGGGACUGGGACUGUGUGGGGGAGGUGUGGCCGGCCCUGGUCCGCUGUGGCCUGUCCCCGUCCAUGACCCUGGAGAAGCCGUCCAUCGGUCACCUGCUGGACGAGGUCACCGACAGGAUCCACCGCCAGCACGACACCAUCGGGAUCUACUUCAUCGUGUCUGAAGGAUGUGUGGAGAUUGCCAAUGAAAUCGCCAAAUCUGAAAAUCCCUCGCCGUGUUUAGAGAUGCCGUCUGUGGACGAGUUAAAGGAAGGGGUUCAACGCCAGCGAAUCAGAAAUGUGGUUGCUGCACGGAAAUAUGAGAAACUAGUCAAUGACCUCUUGGACUGCCUCGAGGACAGAGACUUGCCCUGGAAGUUUGAGCACAUGGCCGCCGACUUGCUGUCUCUCCAGCUCAGAGAGGAUCACCCACUCCCUCCCGACGCCGUCCUCUACUUCACACAGGGCCUCGUUCACGACUCCAUCAGCAUCCGCAAGGUGGCAAUCUCAGCGCUGGCUGGUAUCCUGAAACAGCUGAAAAGACCUACCAAGAAAGUGGCUGUGAAGCCGUCAGAGAUCAGCGGCAUUGAGGAUCCAGUGGGGCUGUGUGUCGGAGAUCAUGAGGGGAACUGCUGGCUGCAGUACGACAGCAACAACCUGCCUCUGACUGAGGAGCAGUGGGACUCGCAGCACUUUGUGGAGAAGACUCACUGGGGCUACUACUCAUGGCCGAGAGAAAUGAUGAUCUAUGCAGCUUCUGAAAAGCCAAAAGAUGACCUGACAUAUGAGGAGAUGAGCGAGAGUGAAAAGAUCAUCUUUGAGUAUUUCUCGGACCCGGAGUUUAUUGACCAGCUGAUGGAGUUUCUCUCCCUGGAGGAUCGGAAAGGAAAAGACAGCUUCAACCCUCGACGCUUCUGUCUCUUCAAGGGGCUAUUCCGUAACUAUGGCGACGUGUUCCUGCCGCUGCUGUGGCCUCACCUCGAGCAGCUCGCCGGUGACCCCCACGAGAGCUCGCAGCGCUGCGUGUGCGAGAUUACUGCAGGACUAAUCAGAGGCAGCAAACUCUGGAGCUUCGGCAAGGUGGACCAGCUCUGGCAGCUUCUGUGCCCUUUGAUCAGGACAGCAUUAACCAACAUCACAGUGGAAACCUACACAGACUGGGGCACCUGCAUCGCUACUGCUUGUGAGGGCAGGGACCCCAGAAAGCUCCACUGGCUGUUCGAGCUGCUGAUGGAGAGCCCCCUCAGCGGGGAGGGCGGCUCAUUCAGAGACGCCAGUUUGCUGUAUGUGCUUCAGGGAGGUCUGGCCCAGCAGCAGUGGAGAGUUUCUGAACUGCUGCACAGGCUGCUCGCUUACCUGGAGCCCAAACUCACCCAGGUGUAUAAAAACGUCCGGGAGCGCAUCGGCAGUGUCCUGACCUAUAUCUUCAUGAUCGACGUGGCCCUGCCCCACACUCGGCCCACCUCCUCCCCCCACGUGGCAGAAUUCGUCACCCGGGUCCUGGAACGGCUCAAGCCCCUCACGUCGGAGCUGGAGAUCCACAACCACGUCCACGAGGAGAACACCCAGGAGACGGACGAGCGCACCCAGGCUGUCAAGCUGCUCAAGACGGUGUUAAAAUGGUUGAUGGCGAGCGCAGGGCGAACUUUCACCACUCCUGUUCAGCAGCAGCUUCAGCUCCUGCCUCUACUCUUCAAGAUUGCUCCGGUGGAGAUUGAUGAGAGCUAUGAUGAGAUGAAGCAGGAUGCGCGCACGUGUCUCUCUCUCAUGUCCCAGGGCCUGCUGUAUCCCGAGCACAUCCCUCUGGUUCUGGCAGCACUGGAAGAGAUGGCGGCCAGCAGGUCGUGGCACGCGCGCUUCUCCGUGUUGACCUACCUCCAGAUCAUGGUUUUCUACAACCUGUUUACUUUGCUCAGCGUGCCCGCCGAGGUCCUGCGCAUCCGGACGCUGGUGAUGCAGCUGCUGCUGGACGAACAGCUCGAGGUGAGGGACAUGGCGUGCACCACCCUCAGCGGUUUGCUGCAGUGCCAGUUCUUCCCUCUGGACUCCAGUCUGCAGACACAGCUCCAGACGCUGAGUCAGACCUGCCUCCCCAAGGCCAGGGGGGAGCUGGCCUCCACAGAUCUGGUGCGGCGCCACGCCGGAGUGCUCGGCCUCGGCGCGUGCAUCCUGUCGAGCCCUUACGACGUCCCAGACUGGAUGCCUCAGAUCCUGAUGGACCUGAGCGACCAUCUCAACGACCCCCAGCCUAUAGAGAUGACUGUGAAGAAGACCCUGUCGGAGUUCAGGCGCACGCACCACGACAACUGGCAGGAGCACCGGCAGAGUUUCACCGACGACCAGCUGCUGGUGCUGACGGACCUGCUGGUGUCGCCCUGUUACUACGCCUAGAUGGCCAUCUGCCUUCCCGGGUCCGCCGCAGACUGACCGGCCACGACGACAGAAAACAUAAUCACACCUUUUAGUACUGCUGGGAACUCCAGGCCCCUGCGCGGUCCGAUAAUCUCGGCCGGGAGCUCUCCCUCUGGAACCUCGACGUGCCACUGCUGGCCUUCAGUAAAACCCUGCAGGGAAAGCAGAUCUGGGGAAAAUAGUUUCACAUAUUUAACUAACUUGGCUUGUUUGUUUUUGUCUGGCCAAGCAGCUCAGCAGCCCCAAAGGUGGCCACUUUAGACAGAAAGGUCUGCCGUUAGUUUUUUUGUUGUUCUUGCGGAAUGAAUACACUCAGCUGAGUUACCACACCUGCCA